AUGAAUAUUUACAAUUAUCUCUUUAAGUUCAUCAUAGUUGGAGAUACAAAUGUUGGUAAAAGUUGUUUACUGUUGUAAUUUACAGAUUCUAGAUUCAGAAAUGAACAUGAUGCCACAAUUGGUGUAGAAUUUGGAUCAAGAAAUCUAAAAAUUAAUGAUAAAUAAAUCAAAUUACAAAUAUGGGACACUGCUGGCCAAGAAUCUUUCAAAUCAAUUACGCGAUCAUAUUAUCGAGGAUCAAUCGGUGGAAUACUUGUAUUUGAUGUGACAAGUAGAUAAUCUUUUGAGGAUUUAUAAAAAUGGUAUUAAGAAAUUUAAGGAUAUGCUUGCGAUAAAAUAGAAAUGGUUAUAGUAGGAAAUAAGAUCGACUUAGAAGAGAGAAGGGAAGUUAAAACCGAAGAAGCAAGGCGAUAUGCAUAAAAAUAAGGAUUUGCUUACUUUGAAACUUCAGCUAAGACAGGUGAGAAUGUUGAUAAUGUCUUUGAAACUAUGGCGAAUUAAGUGUUAAAGAAGAUUGAUAGUGGAGAAAUAGAUCCUACUUAAGAAGUUUAUGGAAUUAAGAUUGGAUCGAUUGGUAUCAAAAAGAAGAAUGAUGUAGUAUAGCCAAGAGAAUAGCCAAAAGCUCAACUCGUUACAACAAGUUAGACUUAGUAAUAAGGAAAGAGCGAAGGCUGUUGUUGAAGAUUAUUUUUAGUAAAUUGUAUAUUCAAUUUCUUCAUUUCCUAAUUAA